CGGAUCACCGUCUGCUUUCGCGCCUGCGCAGACUGAGGUUCUUUUUUUUUUUUAAUUAAUCCUUCCCCCCGCCCUUCUCCAACGGCCGUUCCGCUGAUGUCGCCCCCUUCAUAACCGGAGUACGGAACAAAGCGAGCGGGGGGAUGUCGAGGGUCCGCGAGGUGGUGACGCUUCAGCUGGGCCACUACGCGGGAAGCGUGGGCGCCCACUGGUGGGGCCUUCAGGAAGCUUUGUUCUUGUCCAACUCCCCUGCUUCGAGCUUAGACGAAGGAAUUCACCAUGACGUCCUCUUCCGAACUGGGAAGACUUUGCAGGGACGGGAGACCUUCACGCCCCGUCUCAUCCUCAUGGACCUCAAAGGAAGCCUCACCACUUUGAAACAGGAGGGAUACCUGUACGAGGACACAAAAACAAAUAUCCCCGUAGCUUGGAAGGGGACCCUCACCACACACCAGCAAGACCCAGUCCCUCCCAGUCCCAUCCUGGAAGCACGUGACCAGCCAGAGGGCCACAAGCCUCCCGGCAGCGACGUUGCGUCUCAGACCCCGCCUGGUGGGAAGCAGCUGCCGCCCGCCAAGCCGCUCGCUUCAGAGGGCCCCGCGCCCACUUGGUCAGACUUUCUCCGGACGCCGCUGCACCCGCGGAGCGUCCUGACCAUCCGCGAGUACAACAGUGAGGAGGAGCCCGGCCGGCUGGAGGCUUACGGGCAAGGAGAAAAGCUGCUGCAGGAAGGCACGUACCUCGAGGACCUGGAGGACCGGCUCCACUUUUAUGUGGAAGAAUGCGACUACCUGCAGGGCUUCCAAGUGCUCUGUGACCUGCACAAUGGGUUCUCGGGGGUCGGGGCCAAGGCGGUGGAGCUCCUGCAGGACGAGUACGUGGGGAAGGGCAUCUUGACCUGCGGGCUGACUCCUGUACUUCAAUCCAGUAUCCCGCAGCGGAAUUUCUACCGGCUCAUGAACACGGUCCUGGGCAUCGUCCAUCUCGCCAGCCAGAGUUCGCUCUUCUGCCCCUUGUCGCUGAAUGGAAGCCUGGGGCUCAAGCCGGAAGCCCCCCUUGCUCUGCCCCACCUCCACUACAAGGCCUCCUUGGAUUAUCACACAAGCGCCAUCCUCGCCACAGCCCUGGACACACUCACUACUCCCUACCGGCUCCAGACCUCGGCCAUCUCCGUCUCCAACCUGGCCGAAACCGUGAAUUUCUCUGGGAGAAAGGUGGCUGAGGCAGUAGCUGCCAUUCCUUUCCCCGUGGCAGAGGACCAGUCCCUUCCCGACGCCUUGUGCAGCCAACAGCCCAGCACGGUCUGGAGUUCAUUGUCUUCUUGCGGCAGCCACGGCGAUGCCCACUGCUUUGCCCAGUCGGUUGUCUUGAGAGGGAUCGGCAAGCAGCAGCAAGUGAGCAACACCCCUCCAGGCACUGAACCAAAAUCCGUUCUUCACGUGUGCGAGACCGGCCAGGAGGUGCUGACCCGCUACUUGUACAUGGUCUCCCCGGAAACCUUGAGCACCUCCCUCUUGCUGCAAGGCCCUUGCAAGCUGCUGGCUCCAUACCCCCAGUUUUUCUCCCCUUUCCUGAACAAGCACGGAUUCCUUGCAGAGAAGCCGUUGUACGCCCCAGCAAAGGUGGACAGCAUCCCCGUCUUAGCUGCCUUUCGGUCCUCGGCCGGCUUAUGCAGAACCCUCGGCGACCUCUACAGAGCGCUGCGUCGGAUGGACCUGCGGCGGUGGGCGAGCUUUUUCUCCGCAGGCGUCGAGAUGGAAGACUUGCAGGAGGCUCUGGAUGAGCUGCGGACGCUGUCACACUGCUACCAGAAGGACCACUCGGCCGACGACUCGGACGAGGAUGCAGACUAGCCGCCUUCCAGGAACACCUCGAAAGCUUACCGGCUCCGAUCGCAUUUCAAAGAACGGAAAUAAAAUGUGCCAAGGCUGCC